CCUCUCUCUCUCUCUCUCUCUCUCAGACGCACUACUUAUUAAUCUGCUUGUCUUUAUUGAUAAAAGAUCCAAAUGGGUGCUCUCGACUUUCUCUCAGAUUAUUUCACCAUUUCCACCCGAAGAAAGAAACGCAAAGUAGUGCAGACUGUUGAUAUCAAGGUGAAAAUGGACUGUGAUGGCUGUGUAAGGAGAGUUAAAAAUACUGUUUCCAACCUGAAAGGCGUAAAAACUGUGAAUGUUGACCGGAAGCAAAGCCGGGUAACUGUAACUGGAUAUGCGGAGCCAAACAAGGUCUUAAACAAGGUGAAGAGCACCGGAAAGAAAGCUGAGUUUUGGCCAUACGUUCCAUACAACUUGGUGGCUUACCCCUACGUGGCUCAGGCCUAUGACAAGAAGGCACCGUCCGGUUUCGUGAAAAACGUAGUCCAAGCCCUCCCUAGCCCAAAUGCAACAGACGAGAAGCUCACUUCCCUCUUCAGUGAUGAAAAUCCAAAUGCAUAUUGUUCGAUCAUGUAAGCAAUAGGAACUUGCAUGUAGAUUCUGUGAUCUUCAUAACCAGAUAGUACUUAUCGUUUUGAGUAAGUAAAUGUUUGAGCUAAUUGCAUGCAGACAAGUUUUGCUCGUCUUUCAGCUAGCUGUAGAUUUCUUCGAGACAGAAUUAGUUGUAUACCAAUUAAUUACCAUGUUUAAUAAUUAUCUAAUAAAAAAUAUCUUGUAUUUUUGUACA